AUGCCCACCUGCAGUCGGCAGACGCCGAGUUUUCCCACGGUGGCUUCGAACGGCCAAGUUGACGACGAGGCAGUGGGAGACGAUGCCGAGAUACUUGUCAGCAGUAUCCUGACCCUUAACUGGCUAAACCCCGACAACGACAACUUGCAACUUGUCUCAACUCUACUCAUCCGCUCCAAGUCUCUCCGUGAUCCGCCCCGCGUAUAG